AUGACUAGUUUGUUAGAUGAUAAAGAAAUUACGCGUGAAUUAUGGCAGUCGCAUUUACCGGUUUGUUUUAUAUUAGCUGAUGAAGAUAAAAAUAAAAUGAGUCGUUCCGAAUCACCAGAACCACUGUAUUUAAUGCUAGCACGUCAUAGCUAUUUUCCAUGUUUUAUUGAAAAAAUCCAUAGAUAUUAUUGUAAUUAUUUUAAAAACGAUCCAAAUGAUACAACAAAUAAUAUGAAUCUUGCUAAUUUAUGGCUUGAAUACGAAAGUAUUCCAUUGAAAUGGCAUUAUCCUAUAGGUGUGCUUUAUGAUCUUUAUGUAUCAUCGCUUUCAUCUAUAUCUAGUCAUGUACCAUGGCAGAUAAUUGUGCAUCUAAGUAAAUUUCCUGAAGGUGAAAUAAUACGUUUUCCAGAUAAAGAAUCUAUUGAAGCACAUUUUAUGUCGACAAUAAAAGAAGCCGAUGCACUUAAACAUCGAGGGCAAAUAAUCGAGGAUAUGCAAAAACGUGAUCAUCAGCAAUUAUGGAAUUCUUUAUUACAAGAUAGAUAUGAUGGAUUUUGGAAAAUCAAUAAUAAACUAAUGACUUAUACGGAUAAUUUACAAUAUUUUCGUUAUAUACCCUUUCGCAUUCAUAUCCUAGAUAAACCAUUUAUACAUAAAUUAUUUUCACCAUUUAAUGUUGAAGAAGAAAAAUGGACGACAUUAAAUGAUUUACUGCAGUUUACUUUAAAUCAUGAAGCACAUUGUGAACAAAUAGCUAAUGAAAAAAAAAUUUUUAAUACAAAUAUUAAUGAUUAUAGAGUCAUUAUUCAUGGUAUUCAGCCAUCACUUCAAUCUCCCGUACAGUGGCUCAGUGAACAUUUUUCAUAUCCGGAUAAUUUUCUUCAUAUAUGUCUAAUUGAAAAGCGUACAUGA